AUGGGCUACGUACCUAAACGUGGCUGUUUCGGUUCAACUAAAAAGCGAACGAUCGUCGGUGGCUGGGCAUGGGCGUGGUGUUUCGUCACAGACGUACAACGUAUAUCCCUUGAGGUUAUGACUCUUAACCCCAUGUGUGAGUACGUGGAGACGGCCCAAGGUGUGCCACUGACGGUGACUGGUGUCGCCCAAUGCAAGAUCAUGAACGAAGACGAGCUUCUAACUACUGCCUGCGAACAGUUCCUAGGCAAAUCUGUGAAGGAGAUCAAAAUGACAAUCCUCCAAACUUUGGAGGGACACCUUCGAGCUAUAUUGGGUUAG